AUAUAUAUAUAUAUAUAAAGAGGGGUACAUAACAUAUCUUCUAAGGAACUGCCCUUUCCUGCAAGCAAACAGCAGAUACUCGACGCCUCUCUCGAUCCCGCGUACACCGAAGCUCUGUAAACAUGCCGACAGUGAGUGUAAAAUGGCAAAAAGAGCUGUUUCCAGCCGUGGAAAUUGACACUAGCCAGCCCCCUUACGUUUUCAAAUGUCAAUUGUACGAUCUAACAGGAGUACCUCCUGAAAGGCAGAAGAUAAUGGUCAAAGGUGGCUUACUAAAGGAUGAUGCAGAUUGGUCAACAUUAGGAGUGAAAGAGGGUCAAAAAUUGAUGAUGAUGGGAACCGCAGAUGAGAUUGUGAAGGCUCCAGAGAAGGGCCCUGUUUUUAUGGAAGACCUUCCCGAAGAAGAACAAGUGGUUGCUGUGGGUCAUACUGCUGGCUUAUUUAAUCUGGGGAAUACCUGUUACAUGAACUCCACCGUACAAUGUUUGCAUUCAGUUCCAGAGCUGAAGUCUGCUUUGAUUAUGUAUCCACAAGCUGGAAGAGGCAAUGAUUUGGACCAGUCUUCUCAUCUCUUAACUGUCGCAACACGGGAUUUAUUCAAUGAGCUUGAUAAAAACGUUAAGCCAGUGGCACCAAUGCAGUUCUGGAUGGUAUUGCGGAAGAAAUAUCCUCAAUUUGGUCAGCUGCACAAUGGAUCUUUCAUGCAACAGGAUGCUGAAGAAUGUUGGACUCAACUUUUAUACACUCUCUCUCAGUCUCUCAGAUCACCGAGUUCCAGUGAAAACCUGGAUGCUGUGAAGUCACUUUUUGGUAUUGAACUUGUUAGCAGGGUACAUUGCGAAGAAAGUGGUGAAGAAAGCUCAGAGACAGAAUCGGUUUAUGCACUUAAAUGCCACAUAUCACAUGAGGUGAACCAUUUGCAUGAGGGGCUAAAGCAUGGCCUGAAAUCGGAUUUGGAAAAGGCUUCUCCUUCUUUAGGGCGCAGUGCAAUUUACUUGAAAGAUUCACGUAUCAACGGCUUGCCAGGAUACUUGACUAUUCAGUUUGUCCGGUUUUUCUGGAAGAGAGAAUCGAAUCAGAAGGCAAAGAUUUUGCGGAAAGUGGAUUAUCCGUUGGAGUUGGAUGUUUAUGAUUUGUGUUCGGACGAUCUUCGCAAAAAAUUGGAGGCUCCUCGCCGGAUUCUAAGAGACGAGGAAGGUAAAAAGCUUGGUUUGAAAACCAGCGAGAAGAGCUCUGGUUCAAUAAAUACUGAUAUCAAGAUGCCUGAUGCGGAGGGAUCAUCAAAUGGUAACGGAGAAUCAUCUAAAGCUACGUCACAAGGAGGGGAUCUGCCUGACAAGGAUAUGCACUUGACUGGAAUAUAUGAUUUGGUUGCUGUGCUUACUCACAAGGGUAGGAGUGCUGAUUCAGGGCAUUAUGUUGCUUGGGUCAAGCAAGAAAGUGGGAAAUGGAUUCAGUAUGAUGAUGACAACCCAGUCCCGCAACGGGAGGAAGAUAUCACAAAACUUUCAGGAGGAGGCGAUUGGCAUAUGGCUUACAUUUGCAUGUACAAGGCCCGAGUCGUUCCCAUGUAAUUUUUUUUUUCUUCUAAUCUUUGAUAUAGAUUGGAUUAUAAGUUGGGUUACAUUGCCAUGGGACUUCCACAAUUAAUGAAGGUUUAUGAAAAUAGAUUUUAUAUAAUUUGAUUGUUGUACUAUUACGUGUGUUAAAUAUACGAGUGCCAAAACCUAUGUAUUUUCGGUGUUAUAUUUCCCUUCUAAAUUGAUUAUACUCCAUUUUAAUGUGAA